UCUCUCGCUUUCCUCCGCAGAUCUGCAUUCGCUUGUUGCUUGCAUUAACGCACACAGACUCGAGUCCGCGCUCCAUCCCAAACUUCUAGUCGCUGGAACUAUUUUAGUCGCCUAGCUCGUUAGUGCUCUAUGUGACUAGUUAUCCUCCCGCAAGCCGCACAGAGGCAGUCUGUUAUUAUCCACUGUGGGAAAUCUGAUCUCUGCCUACCCCGGGAGGGAAAAGUCGGCUUGGUGGUGAGAAAUAUUUAGUAAAUGGUUAACUGAGUCCGAGUGUUUACAAGCGACGCGUAAAACUCGCUAGCCGAAUGUAAUCUGAGAAACGCGGGAGGCAACAGCUUGUUUUGGUUCAGUGAAGCUUCGAGUCUCUACGUGCUGAAAUAAACACGAGUUUAUAAAAAGAAGAAGAAGAAGAAGGCUGAUCAGCCCCGGAGAUGCGAAUGAGACCUAAGAAAUCGCAUCCGAGGAUUUUAGGAGUAACGAUGGCUGGAUGGAAAAGCACUGUGCGUGUGUGACUGCAGAACUUUUCAAAUCCUGGAGCAUAUUUUAUAAGCAUCCGGAAUAAAUAUUCAGCCACUCGGAUGAGUCGUGCUGGGUUUAUAAGACACGCCGGUUAGGAAUCGCAGUCAGGGGGAACAGGUAGGCUGCGCGGGAGAGACGCUCGGAUCUUUACCUUCAUCCGGAGCUCCAUGUCUGCGCCACGCCGCAACAUUUCAGUCUGACUUUAAGUUCGGGUCUAGUUUUCAGCUCGAGCCAGGAGCCUGAGCCACGAUUUUUUUCAGGAUUACACAUCUCCACGCUCGAUCAUGGAAAUGCUCCAGCGUCUUCGGGGUGGAUCAGAGAGCGGACGGAGAUGCGCAGACAUCGCGCCGCUUUUCGGAUCAGCGCGGAGCGGCGACCCGGGAGACAAGUGCUCUGAUCGAGGUACUACAAAGAGCAGCAUCAAGGGGACCUCAGGAGCCAAGAAGGCGACUGAUCACAUGUCAGACACAGUGAGAAGUUACAGGGGAAGGAAAAAGUUGGCGUUGUGUACGAGGAGUUACUGGGCGCUCCUCUGCCUCCAGAUCCACGUGUUGAAAGCCGUCGCGCAAGGUGACGUGGCCCCAUACUUCAAAACUGAGCCAGGGCCUCCGGAAAUCCAUCUGGAGGGGAACCGGCUGGUCAUGACCUGUCUGGCGGAGGGCAGCUGGCCUUUGGAGUUUAAAUGGAUCCUUAACAACACAGAUAUCACUGCUUUCUCCCCAGAGUACAAGUACACAAUACCAUCCCUACAGCGCUCAGACAUGGGCGUGUACCAGUGCGUGGUGAGAAACCGAAUGGGCGCUCUGCUACAGAGAAGAGCCGAGAUACAAGUGGCAUACAUGGGAGACUUCGUGGAGGCUGACCAGCGCAAGACGGUGACCCAGGGCCGGGCAGCCAUCUUAAACUCGCCGGAUGUCAGCUCUUUUCCCCGGCCGCAGGUCACGUGGUUCAGGGACGGCUACAAGAUUAUUCCCAGCAGCAGAGUGGCCAUAACCAUGGAGAACCAGCUGGUGGUGUUGGCCACGGCUGCAGCGGACGCCGGGAGGUACUACGUUCAGGCUGUCAACGAGAAGAAUGGCGAGAACAAGACGAGCCCAUCCAUUUACCUGAAUGUGGCAGCAAGCAAGAGGAAUCGUGGAUCACAUGAUUGGGAGGCCCCUGCGGACCCGGUAGCCCCAGUAAUCGUGAUCACCCCAAGGAAUACGACAGUAGUAGCAGGGGUGAGCGAGGCCACGCUGGAGUGUAUCGCUAAUGCACGGCCUGUGGACAAGCUGAGUUUGGUAUGGAGGAGGAACGGUGUGGAGGUGGCCAGUGGCGUGGGCUCUUUCGGUCGCCGCUUGACCAUCGUUAACCCCACCACUGCGGACAUGGGACUGUACGUGUGUGAGGCCUCCCUGCUUGACAGCAGUGUCAAGCCUGCCGAGGCCAGAGCGUUCCUCUCUAUUAUAGAGACUCCCUACUUCACAGCUGAACCCAGAAGGAAGAUGUUGGGAGAAGUGGAGAAAAGUGUGGAUAUCCCGUGCCAGGCCCGAGGUGUGCCCGUGCCCAAGCUGGAGUGGUACAAGGACGCUGUGCCGCUCAGCAAGCUAAACAACGCACGCUAUAAGGUCAUCUCCAGCAUGGGACUGCAGAUCAGAAAACUGCAGCCCAGUGAUGCCGGUAUCUUCCAGUGCUUCGCCAGGAACGCGGCUGGAGAGAUGCAGGUCCACACCUAUCUAGAUGUGACAAGUAUGGCUCCAUCAUUCAGCGUUCCACCAGCCAACAUCAACGUGACCGAUGGCACUGUGGCCUCCUUCACCUGUCAGGUCUCCGGUGCCCCGAAACCAGCCAUCACCUGGAGGAAAGAUGCACAGAUACUAGCCAGUGGCUCGGUACAAAUUCCACGCUUUACGCUACUGGAGUCUGGGGGACUGCAGGUGCAGCCGGUGGCGCUGCAGGACGCGGGGACAUACACCUGCUACGCCGCUAACAGUGAGGGGGCAAUCAAUGCCAGUGCUGAGCUUACUGUGUGGAGUCGCACCUACAUUUCCCAGCCUCCUGUGGACCGGCGUGUCAUCAAGGGAACGACGGCCAUUUUGGAGUGUGGCGCCGUCCAUGAUGCACGUGUGCACGUAAGGUUUGUGUGGAAGAAAGGUGGCGAGGCGGUCAGUCAGUCCAGAGGAGGACGGAUUAGCGUGCAGCAAGGCUCCCUGCACAUCUCUCAGACGUGGUCAGGGGAUAUAGGCGAUUACACUUGCGAUGUGAUUUCACUCGCAGGCAAUGACUCCAAGACUGCGCGCCUGGAAGUGAUAGAGUUGCCUCACUCUCCGCGGAACCUGCAGGCCAGCCUGAACGCCACAGACAGCCGCAGCGUACACCUGUCCUGGAUGAGGCCCUUCGAUGGCAACAGCCCUCUCCUGCACUACAUCGUGGAGCUCUCCGAGAACAAUUCUCCGUGGAGGAUGUACUUGCCGAACGUGGAUCCGACGCUGACGACGGCCGAGGUGACCGGUCUCACUCCGGCACGAACCUACCAGUUCAGAGUCUGUGCUGUCAAUCAAGUGGGGAAAGGACAGUACAGCGGUGAGACAAACCGACUGAUGCUGAGAGAAGAGCCACCCAGCGCUCCACCCAAAAACAUAGUAGCCAGCGGACGCACAAAUCAGUCCAUUAUGGUGCAGUGGCAGCCCCCUCCGGAGUCGCAGCUCAAUGGUGUGCUCAGAGGUUACGUCCUCAGGUAUCGGCUGGCGGGGCUCCCCGGCGAGUACCAGCAGCAAAAUAUCACCAGCCCUGAUAUCAACUACUGCCUCAUCACCGAGCUCAUCAUCUGGACACAGUAUGAGAUCCAGGUGGCAGCGUACACGGGAGCAGGCCUCGGCGUCGUCAGCCAGCCUGUCGUUGAGUACACACUCCAGGGAGUUCCCACAGCACCCCCUCAGGACGUAGAGGUUGUUGCUGUCAACUCAACCACCAUCAAAUUUACUUGGAAUCCGCCACCUCAGCAAUUCAUAAACGGCAUUAAUCAAGGUUACAAGCUAAUGGCUUGGCCUGAACACUCACCUGAAGCCUCCACAGUGGUGACCAUCACCCCUGAUUACCACGGAACCCGUCAUCAGGGCUACAUCAUUGGCCUGAAGAAGUUUACGUGGUACCUCACCUCAGUGCUGUGCUUCACCACGCCAGGAAACGGCCCACGCAGCGCUUCCAAACUGGUCCAGACGCACGAGGACAUUCCAGGCCCUGUAGGACGUCUGAGCUUUACUGAAAUCCUCGACACAUCUCUGCGAGUUAGCUGGGAGGAGCCUGUGGAGAAAAACGGAAUCAUCACAGGUUACCUGCUAUCCUGGGAGGCUCAGGGGCAGAAAGAGUCGCGUGUGGAGCGCACCAUGUCCAACAGCACACUGGAGUACAAGGUGACCGGCCUCACCUCUCUCACCACCUACACCUUAGAGGUGGCAGCCAUGACCGGUGCAGGCAUGGGCACGCUCUCGUCUUCCACCAUUUCCUCUGGUGUGCCCCCAGAACUUCCUGGACCUCCUUCAAAUCUCCAAAUCUCUAAGAUAAGCCCACGCUCUGCCACUUUGAAAUUCCGUGCAGGGGACGACGGGAAGACGUCCAUCUCUAAAUGGAUUGUAGAGGGACAGCAUCCUCUGUACCGCCGAAAAUAUCCUGAGCUGCUGUCCGCCCCACUCACCCUGCUGGCAACUUCUGCAAAAGUGGGCAGCACUGGAGAAGAAGAAGAAUGGAAGGUGUUGUAUGAGAAGGAGAAUGAUCCAGAAGCUCAGGUCCUGGAGGUACCUAACCUGACCCCAUUCACACACUACAGGUUCCGCAUGCGGCAGAUGAACAUCGUGGGCUCGAGCGAGGCGAGCGAGCCGUCUCGAGUGAUCCAGACUCUGCAGGCGCCUCCUGACGUGGCUCCCGGUAGCGUGAGCGUCCGUACGGCCAGCGAGACCAGCGUGUGGCUGCGUUGGGUGCCUCUGCCGGAGACGGAGUACAACGGGAACCCGGAGAGCGUGGGCUACAGGGUCCGGGUGUGGCGUGCCGAUCAUCCGGGUGAUGCCAGCACUAAGAUGGUGAAUGACAGACUGGAGAGAGAGAUCACGCUGGAGAGCUUAGAAGAGUGGACCGAGUACCUGUUCCAGAUCCAGGCUUUCAACUCUAUUGGGCCCGGACCCUGGAGCGAGCCCGUGAAGGGGCGGACACGCGAGUCAGUGCCGUCCGGAGCUCCGGAGAACGUGACGGCCGAGGCCGUGAGCUCUACACGCAUGCUGGUGACCUGGGGACCUGUUCCAGAGACGCAGCAGAACGGCAACAUCCUGGGAUAUAAGGUGCUGUACCGGGAAAAAGACUCGAGUACGGAGCCACAGGUGCAGCUGGUGAAAGGGAACCUGACGCAGUCAGUGUUACUGAGGAACCUGCGCAAGUACGUGCAAUACGAGAUCCAGGUCCUGGCCUUCACACGCAUCGGAGACGGACAAAUCAGCAGCCCUGCUGUCCUGGAAAGGACUAAAGAUGAUGUUCCAGGGCCGCCCAUGAGACUGGUGUUCCCCGAGGUGCGUCUGUCCGAGGUCAGGGUGGUCUGGCAGCCUCCGGUAGACCCAAAUGGCAUCAUUUUAGGGUAUCAGGUAGCAUACCGGCUGGAUAGCGGAGAUCCAAAUAAGUUCACCACGGUGGAAGUGGGCGCAGAUACCACACAGUUCACGGCCAGCGGAUUGCUCCCAGAAUCUGCUUACAUUUUUCGGAUUUCAGCCAAGACCCAGCAGGGCUGGGGUACAGCCGCACAAGCUGUGGUCAUCACUACAGAGAUCAGAGAGCGGCCUCAGCCUCCACUGCAGCUCAGGGUGCCUCAGGAUCAGGUUCAGUCGCGCCAGCUCAGAUUGGACUGGGUGCCAGGGGGAGAUGGGUCUUCACCGGUUCGCUAUUUCACACUGCAGCUACGCCAACUGCCCGAUGGAAACUGGACCGCACACUCAUCCUCCAUAAGCCACAACAGCACCUCCUAUGUGGUGGAAUGGCUGAAGCCGUACACUUCAUACAAGCUGAGAAUGAUGGCGACUAAUGACAUCGGUGACAGCAAGUACAGCCGAGAGACCGAUGCAAUUACGACUUUACAAGAUGUUCCGGACGAGGCGCCGGUUAUUCGUUCGGUGAAGCCUUCCACCACUACGUCAGUUCUGGUGCAGUGGCAGCCACCGAAGGAGGAGAGCGUGAACGGAGUGCUGGUGGGCUACCGGCUGUAUUACCGUGAGCUUCAGUAUGACAGCACGCCACAGGAGGCCAAGAAGACCAGCAACAGCACUUCAGCACGGGCAGACCUGACAGCCAAAAGCACUGUGAAGACUGUGAGCAAUCCUUCACUGACCGAAUUCGAACUCACCCAGUUGCAGAAGUACCAGCGCUACGAAAUCGUGAUGACGGCUUACAACAUCAUUGGCGAGAGCCCUGCUAGCGCUCCAGUGGAGGUGUUUGUAGGAGAAGCAGCUCCAUCCGUGGCCCCGCAGAAUAUCCAGGUCAACACGGUGUCCUCCACUCAGCUGGAGGUGCAAUGGGAGCCGCCCCCUGUCGAGACGCAGAACGGCAUCAUCCAGGGCUAUAAGAUUCACUACUGGGAGAUGGACAACCAGAACGAGACGGAGAAAGUCAAGAUCCUAUUUCUUCCCGAGACGAGCGUACGACUGAAAAACCUGACCAGUUAUACGUACUACAUGGUCAAACUGUCCGCGUUUAACGCGGCAGGGGACGGCCCACUCAGUGAGCCCAGGAGGGGGCGCACUCUUCAGUCAGCCCCCAGUGCUCCGAGCUUUAUUACUUUCUCCGAGAUCACCAGCACUACUCUGAAUGUGUCCUGGGGAUUUCCCGUGUCGCCGAACGGAGUAGUGGAGGGCUACAGGGUGGUAUACGAGCCCACCGCCCCUAUUCAAGGCAUUAGUAAAGUGGUGACAGUGGACAUUCGGGGAAGCUGGCAACGCUGGUUAAAGGUGCGAGACCUGACAAAAGGGGUGACCUACUGCUUCCGUGUGCAGGCCAAAACCAUCAGCUAUGGCCCCGAGGCAGAGGCCAACAUCACGGCGGGACCCGUGCAAGGAUCUCCAGGAUCCCCCCUCAAAACAUCCGUCACUAAGUCUGGCUCUAGCUUGACCAUCCACUGGACACCGGGGGAAACAGGAGCCGGGCACACGACAGGAUACGUCAUCGAGGCACGCCCUUCAGAUGAGGGAUUGUGGGAUACCUUUGUUAGGCACCUGCCUCCUUCCAGUACCUCCCACACUGUGAGUCUGGAGCGACUGCGCCAUGGAGUCAGCUACCAGUUCAGAGUGCUGGCUGUCAACGAGUACGGCUACGGCGAGCCAAGUGCGCCCUCUGCUGCCAUGUCGGCCCAGAUGGACACCCCGUUUUAUGAGGAGUGGUGGUUUCUCAUAAUCCUCGUUCUGAGUGCUCUGAUUCUGCUGCUGAUGAUCGUUUUUGGCCUCAUCUUACACGGACAGAACAAGAAGUACAAGAGCUGUGGAACAGGUAAAGCUGUGUCCACGGUAGAGGAGAGGGUCACUCUGGACAAUGGAGGUUUCACAGCUUUGGAGCUGAACAGCAGACCUGUCCACGUCAAGAGCUCCUUCCUGAGAAAGAACGGCACCCGAUCCCCGCCUCGGCCUAACCCUGCAGGUCUGCGCUACUCAGAUGAAGAUAUCUGCAACAACUACAACGGUGCGGUGUCCACAGACUCUACAGCCCUCACAGAAAGAGCUGCAGAGCUGUCUGAGUCUGAGGCCACAGACAGCGAGUGUGAAGAGGAACCCAUCAAACACUCGUUCGUGAACCACUACAUGAGCGACCCGUCUUACUUCAACUCGUGGAAGCGGCAGCAGAAAGGCCUGAAGGAGACGCUGGCCUGCGCGUACGAGGAGUGCGCCAGCGGAGACGGAGAGGGCUACUAUCAGACUGUCGUUACUCAGCACAGCGUGGGCGGCGUGUACACACCCGCGGGGCAACCUGCACCAGGCUCACGUACUCCCCUCACAGGCUUCUCAUCCUUCGUGUGACGUUCCCCGAGGAGCAGGACCCCUCUGCAGAUCUCUCGUUCUGGUAACUGAGGGAUUUGGGAAAAGGCACAAGACAUUUCAGCUGUACUUUCAGCAUGAACACUACAAGGGACAACCUGAAUGGGUUAAUGGAGAACUUAUGGAAAUUCACUGGAACCACAGACUGAGAGAAAAACAAAGUUUCACUGUACAUGUUCCUUGUAGGAGACUUGACUGGAGAAGAUGAGUAAAGACUUGUUUUACCAGCUGGGGAUAAAGCAGGGUGUAGCAGACGACUGGUGUUUAUUUAAAGAUUUGAUAAGUGAUGCUACGUUCCUGCAGUGACUCUUUCUGGUGGCACACCAAACACUCACCAUCUACACAAGCAUUCCUGCCGCUAUUCCCUUUACAGAGGAUUUUACAUAGGGCAAACACUCUGUAAUUACUAUCUACUUUAAACUGUAUAUACUGUCAAGUCUGAAUAAUCUCACUUGCCUUCAGUGUCUCUGUAUAUACACGUGUUUUACUUGUGAUCAAAAAGAUCAUGAAACUGUGACCGGUGUGAUGAGGAAGCACAGUGCAGUGGGACUCCAUGCCAUGACCACAAUUCCUAGAGUUGACCACACCGUCUACAUCAGCGAGCCACAGCCUGGCCAUUGAGUCGUGCAGUGAUUCUUUGUGUUGCAUGUCAUCCUCACACAUAACAUUGCAGUUUGUUACCCUUUCUGAACAACUGCACACACUUGUUUCUUUCUUUUUUUUAAUGUUGAGUGUAGUCCAAGACCAAAUCAAUUUUAGAGAAUUUUGUUUUUGUACCGAAAGCCUGGGUUAUAGUGAUUGUUUUCACUCCAGACGUGGAGGAAACCCUGUGUUUCAAAUGGUGUAUUUUGAGAUGUUAGAGUACUGUUAAUGUACCGAUAACCAGCGCUAUUUAUAAGCAGGAAGUUCUUCCUGAUUGGUGACGUGAGGUACCACAUUUAGAGCAAAAUAGCAGUGUUUGAUUUGAGACGUUACUCAGGGACGGCUGGUAGAAACGGGCUAAGGACUCCCCCCACCCCUUUUAUUUUUUCAACGAUUGAAGAAAUUCAGUAUUCAGUAAAUUUCACUUUUGCCAUGCACAUCAGAUUAUUUGCUGUUGUGAGAAUUAUUCCGAAUUUUUUGAUGAAACCAAGCACAAAAACGUCUGUGAGAAUGCGAUACGUGGAAGAUUCCUAGAUUUUGCAUCUGAGCUGAGGUUUUUCAGCACACGUCUCCGACACAUUGUCAGCGGUGAUUGAGAAGGCGAAUGAAUUGAAAUAUUUACUUUAUAACGCCAAGAAAUUACACACAAGAAAUGUCAUCUCAGCAAAAUAUCUUAUUCUCUUCUUUUUAAAUUUUCUUGUUAGAGUAAGAUUACAAUAAAACAAAUGUAAUAUUUUUAAGUUUCUUUCUAGAUCAUUACAUUUUCUUAUUCUAUUGGCAGAUCAUUUUGCACCUGUCUAGAAAUAAAAGCUAAAAAAUUAGCUGCCAAUAGAUGGUAAAAAAAAAUGGCUUAAAACAGGUUUAAUAAUCCUAAAUCUGGUUAUAUUGUAAGCUUAUAAAAGAAAUGUGACUGGAUUCAUGAUAAUUCCACUUGCUAAGUGUCAUUUUUCUUGUUUUUUUUUUUACCGAUUGACCUUCUAUUGAUGAUCAAAUCCAGCUGUCACUGAUGCUACUCGAGUUUACAGUAUAUUGUAAGAUUACAGUAUGCCAUUUGAGACACAGCUGUAGUUCAUGUUCGCGUUUUCUCCGUUCAAACACGUCUGAUUUAACUCAUAGCAGGUUCGAUUAGCUGCCGAUAAUCACGUGUGUUUUAAAAGCUGUGCAGUACAGGACUGGAGUGAGCUUUUGCACAUUAUUAUUAUUAUUAUGAUUAUUAUUAUUAUUUGCAGUGUUCUGAGACCAGAGACAUUGUGAGUUCAGGGAUGAGCAAAGCCUGGGCUGACAUUUUUCUGAAUCCGUAUGAAAUCUGAGCACAAAUGAAAACAUUUCAGAUGGCCGGUUUGAGGACGUCGUCUCAUUUCCAUAACCGCUCACAUGGCCACACGUGUGAAACGUCUUCAGAUGGAAUGAUCGAGACAGAGUGUGAAGUCGCAUUCCCAGCACUCAUAAGCCAUAAGGACAUCGAAUUUCUUUUUUCUUUCUUCAGUUGCCUUUUCUCUUCGGAUUUAUUUUUCUUUCGCUUUUUAAUAUUUGCCUUUAUAUUUGAUGUGCUAGAGAUGUAUAAAGGUAAUUCUUUUCGUUCUUUCUCUCUUUUUUAUACUGUAGUGCUGUUAUACAGUAAUACAGCACCAUUUGUAAUUUUGUUACCAGGUUUUUAUUAUUAUUAUUAUUAUUAUUAUUAUUAUUAUUGUUAUUAUUUGCAGCUUUUGAAAUGGUGGACAAAGCAAAGUUCAUGUUUCUACCUGCCAUUUCACCCCAGCACGAGUGUACGUCAUCAACAUCCGUGAAGUAAAGGCAGUUUCCCACUUUU